CGCAAUAAUGUACAUUAUCUGAUUUACGGUCGGUAGUUGAACGGCGCGCGUCCUCCGCGUUAAGUAACUAUUCGGCUGCAGCGAUGGGUUUCCUAUAGUCUCUGUUGAUUUGUUCCUAUGUUCAGUUCUGUGAUGUUCAAUAAUUUAUCAUAAACACAUUAAAUACAUUAUUUUAAUAUUGUUACAUAGAUAUAGGGACAAAAUGGCGUCAAUUUUAUGAUAGCGCUAUUUGCUUACAAUUUAACUUUUUUCUUUACUAGCUACAAUAUGUAUGUAAUCAAUAUAUACGUUGUCUAUGUUUUUAUGUGAUUAAUUUUUUCAGUUUUGUAUUAUUUCCAUGUCAAGUGCCAUGUAGCCCAAUAACAGUUUUGUGCGUUUGAUUUUACGGGCGAUGUCAAUCUUUGCGAUUUAAAUUAAAUAGUAAUUAUCUAUUUAUCAUUUAAUUUUUUUUCAAAUUAAAACAACAAAACGUAACUAUAAUGAUGGCUUAUAAUCAUUAUGGGUAUAGCAGUUUGAAAAAUGAUCAGACUAGUAAGAGAUUGAGGGCCGAUUAUGAUCAGGAAACCAGAAAUAACAACACCAGUUCGUCUUAUGAAGAUGGUCGUCGAAAGCACGCAGAAACUCAACCAAACCACAUUAUUUUGCUAACUAUCACUAAAGUGACAUAUCCUAUUAACACUGAUGUAAUUCAUACUAUAUCUAAAGACUAUGGUAAAGUACUACGCAUAGUGAUAUUUAGAAAACGAGGUGUUCAAGCAAUGGUAGAGUUUGAAGAAGUAGACCAAGCUAUACGGGCAAAGCAACUAAUGGAUGGUGCUGAUAUAUAUCAAGGGUGUUGCACAUUAAAAGUAGAAUAUGCUAAACCAUCUAAACUGAAUGUUUAUAAGAAUGAUUCAGAAACUUGGGAUUAUACAACACCUACUCCUGGAGAUAAAAAAUCUGUUCCACUACUACCAGAUCCUCCUAGAGCACCACUAAUAUCUACAAGACCAAAUUUUCCCAGGUUUGAAUAUGAAUGCCGGUCAGGUUUAUUAACUACACCGCAUGAUUUGCCUAAUAAUAAUUAUGGUGAAAGCUAUCCUUCGACGCCUGGACGAUGUGUUUUGAUGGUAUACGGAUUAGAUCCAGAAAAAGCAAACUGUAAUCGGCUUUUUAAUCUGUUUUGUUUGUAUGGUAAUGUUAUCAAAGUAAAGUUUUUAAAGAGCAAAGAAGGUUGUGCAAUGGUACAAAUGGAUAAUGAAAUGUCAGUAGACCGAUGUAUGGACAAUUUAAACAAACUGAUUCUUAUAAGUGGUAACAUGUUACAAUUACAAGUAUCGAAACAGAUGUAUCUUUCGGAUAUCAUGGUACCUUACGACUUACCUGAUGGGACACCAUCUUUUAAAGACUAUUCUAAUUCUAAAAAUAACAGAUAUCAUUCAAAUGCAAAUGGUAAAAAUAGACGCCAAAAUCCAUCAAGUGUUCUACAUUUUUUCAAUGCUCCGCCAAACAUAUCAGAGGUUGAUUUGAACCAAACUAUUCUUAAAGCUUUGAAAGAUGAAGAUGCUGAAUUGACUGUGAAAAUGUUUCCACCUAAAGGAACAGAUGCGCGUAGUUCAUCUGGACUUAUUGAAUUUUCAGAUAUAGCUACUGCUGUUGAAGUCAUUAUGGCUGUUAACCAUUGGCCUAUUAAAUGCGAAUCAUCCAAGUUUCCUUUCUUACUUAGGCUAUGUUUUUCAUCGCUGCCAAAAGGAUUAGGAAAUGCUGAGUCAUCACAAUGACAUCACACUGCUUAAUGAAAUACUGUAUCUCAUGUUUGUCAAUUAUUACUAUUUAGUGCAUACUUUUGGGUUAAUUGAUUUAUUUUUUAAUGAGGUGAUCACAUUAUUAUAUAUUUAAUAAUUCCUAUUAUUUUUUGGAAGAUUUAUGGUUAUACCUUGUCACCCCUUUUUACAAUUAAACAGAUCUUUUGUUUUAAUAUUAUGUCUAUUAGUUUUUCUUAUGAGUAUAUUUUAUAUGAAGUAUUGUCAAUUAAAUAAGUUAUAUUUUAUUUUUUUAUAUCUUAUUAUUUGUUAAUAUUGGUUAAUAGGUUUGUUUUUGUUAAGUUUUUAGUUGUUUUUAUAUUGAAUUUAGUAAAAUGAAAUGGGGUCGAUUAAAACCAUAAUCUUACCAAUUAUUUAUUCUGACAAAAAGUUGGAAAACUA